AUGAAGAUCACCGCCUUGCUUGUUCUCAAGUGCGCUCCCGAAACUUCCGAGCCCGUUAUCCUCGCCAACGCCUCCGACGUCUCUCACUUUGGCUAUUUCCAGCGAUCUAGCGUCAAGGAGUUUGUCGUCUUUGUCGGUCGCACCGUCGCCAGCCGAACCCCUUCUUCCCAGCGCCAAUCCGUCCAGCACGAAGAGUACAAGGUUCACGCUUACAAUAGGAAUGGCCUUUGCGCGGUGGGAUUCAUGGACGAUCAUUAUCCUGUUCGAAGUGCCUUUUCUCUUCUCAAUCAGGUCCUAGAUGAGUACCAGAAGGGUUUUGGUGAGGCGUGGAGGUCUGCAAAAGAAGACUCCAGCGAGCCCUGGGCAUACUUAGACGGAGCUUUAAAGAAAUUUCAGGACCCAGCAGAGGCUGAUAAGCUGUUGAAAAUCCAGAGGGAGUUGGAUGAGACCAAGAUUAUCCUUCAUAAAACCAUUGACAGCGUUUUAGCUCGUGGUGAGAAGCUGGACAGCCUAGUGGAGAAGAGCUCAGACUUGAGCAUGGCAUCGCAGCUGUUCUACAAGCAAGCGAAGAAAACGAAUUCAUGCUGUACCAUUCUGUGA